AUGGAGCAACGCGAUCUCCUCUCGAGACCGAGGUCGAUGUCCCGGGCUCCCGAGGAAGAACCCCAGAGCAGCCAGCAUUCGGAGAUAGACGUUCUACAAUUUGCUGAGUUGCAUUUCGUGGCUGAGCAGACUGCGAAACAUGCACGGUGCUGGGAGGGUCAGGUGGAUAGACCUGUUUGUCCUGACUUCAAGGCCAUCUGGACUUGUAUCACGCCUAGGAUGCGGGAGCUGUACGUUGAUCGUGUCAAGUAUGUUGAAACCAAAGGCUGGGAUUGGAUGCAUGCGGACUAUGAAGGUUCUUUGAAAUGCUGGUAUGAGAGGUAUUUUGCGGGGGUCGAUCAGGGGAGGGCUGAGAUGAUCUCUUGUGUUGAUUUUGCCGAUUUCAAAGCUUUGGUUGACAAUGUCGACUUCGAAUCGAUUGUUCCCCAAACCAUCGUGGUUAAGGAAGAGGUUGAUGAUCAUGAUGUCGUUCCUGAGUCUAUGUCUGUUGAUCAGGACGAACCAGAACCAGAACCGAGAGCUGAUCUUCCAGACGAGGAUGUCGCCAUGGCGGACUCGGUCGAGGAGUCUCCGCAAGAGUUGGAUAUCAAGAUUCCCGAAAACGAAGAAAUCGUCGCCUUGGAGAACGCCGUGAGUAAAGGACUUGAGAUUCUGAAGAAGCUAUAUGCCAUUUUUGCAGGAUCGAAUGCCUUCGGCAAUGAGACAGACUGGAAAGCUGAGAUUGAGCGGACCCAAAAGUAUGCCUGUACGGAAAAAGUGAUCAUCGGACUAGUUGGAAGCACCGGCGCAGGAAAGUCGUCACUCAUCAACGCGAUCCUAGAUGAGAAGAAUGUCUUGUCUACAGACUGCAUGCGUGCUUCUACUGCCGUUGCAACGGAGAUCUCCUACAACCAAGGAGCCACGAAGUACAGAGCAGAAGUCGAAUUUAUCGAGCGACAUGAAUGGGAACGCGAAUUGGAAGUCUUGUUUGCAGAGCUCCUUGACCACCAGGAUGAAGUGACUCGAGGUGCAAUCCCCAAAAAUCCCGAUGCAGCGGUGGCCCUUGACAAGAUCAAGGCCGUCUACCCCAUGCUGACACCCAAAGACAUUUUGAACACAUCCGUUGCCGACUUGAUGGCGAGCGAGAGAGUCACUGAUCUCCUGGGAACUACUAUGGGCUUCGAGGGAGAUGACCCUAAAGCAUUCUCUGUCAAACUGAAAUCCUAUAUUGACAGCAAGGGAAAACGCGGCCGACCCAAGAAGUCUGCUAAGAAACAAGAUGCCGCUGAACACCCAGACUCUGCGAGCGACACUGACACAGCCAACCAGGGCAUCGGUCUUUGGCCUCUUGUGCGUGUUGUGCGUAUAUACACCAAAGCCCCAGCCUUGGCAACUGGUGCGGUUUUGGUGGACCUUCCUGGCAUCUUUGACUCCAAUUCCGCGCGAGUUGCCGUCGCCGAAGAUUACAUGAGACGCUGUUCGGCUCAUUGGAUUGUGGCUCCCAUCAACCGGGCUGUCGAUGAUAAAGUCGCGCGUGACCUGCUUGGAAAGAACUACAAGCUGCAAAUGCAAAUGGAUUGCGCAUUCAAUGACAUGACCUUCAUUUGUACUAAAACCGACGACCUAGUUCCAACUGAAGUCAUUCAUUCUCUGGGCCUCGACUUGCCAGCGUUCAAUGAAGUUCAACAGCUGCCAGCUAAGGUUGAAUGGCUGAAGAAAGAAAUCAACGCUUUCGAGAAGCCCAAGAAAACAAUACUCUCGCAGCUGGAGUGGAUAGAAUCCGAGAUUGAAGAACUCGAAGAACGACUAACUGGCGAUGAGUUCGGCUGUGAUGUAUUGGAAAUCACUCCCAAACGCAAGAAGCCACACGGAAGCGAGCCCUUGGAGAUGCCAGCCAUUCAAGAGGCAGGCACCACCGAGAUUCCUAUGGUGGAGAAGCUCAAGAAACGAGUCUUGGACCUCAAGAUUCAGCGCAAGGAUCUACGGUCUCAGCUAAAGCAUAUCAACGAGGAAAUGGACAGCAAAGUGGAGGAGCUGGAAGAGCUAGAAGACGGAAAGAAACAGAUGGAGCACUCUGUUAUAAAUUCGUGCAUUGAGGCGAGGAACAAGUUUUCGAAACAACAGAUCAAACGCGACUUUGCCUUGGAGGUUCAGAGUUUGGACCAGGAACUUGAAGAUGACACCGAAAACCCAAUCCAGGCCGCAGGUUGUGAUUAUGACGAGCUGGAAAGGAACCUUCCUGUGUUUUGCGUGUCGACCCGGGCCUAUCAAGGUCUCCGGGGCCGGGCUGAUAUGGCCAAGCUCGUUGGUGGCUUCUCCGAACUGGAGGAGACUGAGAUACCACUUCUACAGCGUCACUGCGUAAGGCUCACGGAAAAGGCCAGAGAAGAAUCGUCUCGGAGGUUCUUGACCCAACUGAACCAGGUCCUGCAGUCGAUGAAGCUGUGGUGUUUGGUGAGCACGGCAACAGGUGACGCCUCAGAGCAAAAAAUCAAAGAGAUCAAAGCCGACUUCGAACGUGUGUUUGGCGGACUGACAGAAGCUGCGGAGGCGCAUAUGAACCAUUUCGACAGUGUCGCCAGGGAGACUGUCCAAGUAAACAUCUUCAAUAAACUAAACCGAGCGUCGCGACAUGCAGUUGUCCAAUUCCCCGAAGCUGUCUCUCGCUGGAAUGCCCCAGGCAGUUCCGGGGGACUCCGAUGGAAUACAUACAAGGCCAUCUGUCGCCGACGGGGAGUAUUUCAUGAGACAGAUUGGAAUCAAGAUUUAGCCCGACCAAUGCUUGAUAAGAUAGCUUCAUCCUGGAAGAGGACUUUCACGGAACUUCUCCCGCAUUGCCUUCGUUCUUUAAAGGAAAAUCUGGAAGCUGUGGUCAGUCGAUUCCACACACAGGCGAUUGAAUCCGUCAAGCAAGGUGUCCCUGAAGGAAUCCGAGUCCAACUGCAAGAUACGCUCGUCGCGUGCCAUCAGACAAUGGGAGAGCAGUUUCGACAGGCUGAGAAGUGGACCAUGCAGGAGCAGAAGCGUAUCAACCGAACGUUCGCCGAAGCGAUCGCUGAGCGACUGAAAGAAACCUACCAGGCCUGUGCCUCCGAAACAGGUGAGACUCUAUCGCAGCUAGUCGAGAAGUAUUCUAACAUGCUCGUCACGACAGGACGAGGAAGCUUACAGCGUAUCAGAGCGUUGAUGCAACAGACAGCAGACGACCACGCCAACGAUGUCCUCCGAGGAAGCACGGAGAAUGCGAAGCACGAGCUUGGGAAGCUACUUGACGGCCAGCUAGCUGAGGUGGAUCGGAUUAUCCAUAAUAGAUUACAGCGGAUUUCAGAGGACUACCAUGGGGCGCUGAUCGCACCACAGAUCAAGCUGUAUACGGAAGAGCAGAUCCGCAUUAAGAGUGAAGUCGCUAAGAUCGUCAAGGAAGCUGAGGCGGAGUUGCUACUGGGACACCUUUUGGGAGGAGUUCGUUCUUCGUAA